CAGAGCUAACCCAAACUGCGGAUAUGGCACCUUCCAAGCCGCUCAGAGUAGGAGUCAUUGGCCCAGCAGGGUUUGGAGGCUCCUACCUCUGUGUAGAACUCCUGAACCGCGGUCACAGUGUCAUUGGGAUAUCCCGUAGCCCUGAGAAGCUUGGUUCGCACGAGCGCUACUCUCCACGGUCUGUCGACAUCGACGCAAUCUCCUUCUCCGAGCUCGCAAAGCACUUUGAAGGCAUUGACGUACUGGUAUCUGAGUAUGGCCCGCACACCGGGGGCGCAGAUGCAUUGGUUUACAUGCCAUUUCUCGAGACGGCCCGCAAGAUCGUUCUCGCGGUUAAGCAGUCGAACGUCAAGUACUUUCUCUUCGUCGGCGGCGCCGGGUCGCUCCACGUUCCAGGCACACCUGAGUGCUGCGUCGACCAUCCUGACUUCUUCAUGGCCUACCGACGUGCCAUAGCAACUUCCGAAGCGCAUAUCGUGUACAUGGAAGAGCGUUUGGGGAUUAUGGGUACCGCUCUCCGCGCAUAUCGCGACGCACGAUUCGCAGAGCAGAGAGGACGCGCUACGGCCGAGCACCAGAAAGUCAUCAAGGAAUAUGAAUCAUCUGUCAAGGGGAAAGAUCGUGCGACAGACUUCAUCAAAGCUGGGCGCACCGCGUUUAUGUUCUUCGAUGGCAACACGUCUUUCAAGUGGUCGUUUGUAUCUCCUUCUGCGCUAUAUAGACCUGGGGUGCGGACCGGAAAGUAUGAAAUAAGCAUUGAUGACAUGGUCUUAGUCGGGGAAGAGCAGGAGGAUAGUAUCUUCGAGGGGAGAUUGACCGGGAUCAGCGUUGCAGACAUGGCGAUCGCGAUCGCAGAUGAAGUGGAGAAUGAGAAGCUGGUUGGGAAGCAUUGGAGUGCAUGGGGUGACAUCAGUGAGGACAAGCCAGCGCCUGCGUAUUUGACUUUGGAUAGCGUGGAAGGUGGAAGCAAAUGAAAGCGGAUGUGUUGUUUGCCAGAGCGAUGAACAGAAUAAUGGUAUUGAUUGGCUCAGAAUUAUGGCGUUUUUUGUUCAAGCUUAUCUGCAUCCCAGCUUGUGCCCUGACCUGCAAGGAAAGCUUGCCCUUUCGCAAGUACCUUGCUGUUCUCUUCGCCUAGCCAUUGAGGCUCAAGACUUUGUAUUGCAUCCUCGAUCUCAUAAGAUUGCCCACCCGCGAUCCACAGUAUCUUACCCGCAAAAGGCAUUUUAGCUCCAGUAUGGGUUUCGCCUUCUUCGCUUCGAUUAGCAGAUGCACAGAGGACUAUGCUUCUUGCAACAUCUUCGGGUUCGUUCUCGGGGAGGCCAAGUUCGCGCCAGCCGGUCUCGAUACCUUUAACAAGCUUGGUCUCUG